UCUUUUCUUUUGGGAAAAUAUCUUCCUGAAAAAAUAAAAGAGAUUUGUCUGAUAAACAUCGGUAAGCUCGCGUUCAUGUGUGCGUGUUUUUUUCUGUUCGCGUUUCGGUGAAAUUUCAGGAAGCUUUUGAGUGAUGUUGGAUAGAGCGAAUCGAGAAAGGAAGGUGGGUAAUCGUUAUCCGGAUCCGAGUCUGAGAGAACCCGGAUCGUCUGUUUGGUAGAUUCAAGAGGUGGAAGGCGAAGAUCGGUGGCUGGGGAUUCGGACAGGAAGAUGCCGGCGACCGGAGAUCUGGACCGUCAGAUUGAGCAGCUGAUGGAGUGUAAGCCGCUGUCGGAAGCGGAGGUAAAGACGCUUUGCGAUCAGGCAAGGGCGAUUCUCGUGGAGGAAUGGAACGUUCAACCGGUGAAGUGCCCGGUCACCGUCUGCGGCGACAUCCACGGCCAGUUCUACGAUCUCCUCGAGCUUUUUCGGAUCGGUGGCGCCGCGCCAGAUACAAACUAUCUUUUCAUGGGCGACUAUGUAGAUCGCGGGUAUUAUUCUGUUGAGACAGUCACACUCUUGGUAGCCCUGAAAGUUCGGUACAGGGAUAGAAUUACGAUUCUUAGAGGGAAUCAUGAGAGCCGGCAAAUUACUCAAGUGUAUGGAUUUUAUGAUGAAUGCCUGAGGAAAUAUGGAAAUGCAAACGUCUGGAAGUACUUCACCGACCUUUUUGACUACCUUCCUCUCACAGCUCUCAUCGAGAGUCAGGUUUUCUGUUUACAUGGAGGACUAUCACCGUCUCUAGACACACUUGACAACAUCCGAGCCUUAGACCGUAUUCAGGAGGUUCCGCACGAAGGACCAAUGUGCGAUCUCCUGUGGUCAGACCCAGAUGACCGUUGCGGUUGGGGAAUAUCCCCUCGUGGUGCUGGCUACACUUUUGGGCAGGAUAUCGCCACUCAGUUUAACCACACCAAUGGACUCACUCUCAUAUCCCGGGCUCAUCAGCUUGUCAUGGAGGGAUAUAACUGGUGUCAGGAAAAGAACGUCGUGACUGUAUUUAGUGCCCCGAACUAUUGUUACCGGUGUGGGAACAUGGCUGCAAUCUUAGAGAUAGGGGAGAACAUGGAUCAGAAUUUCCUUCAAUUCGACCCAGCCCCUCGUCAGAUCGAGCCUGAAACCACACGCAAGACCCCUGAUUAUUUUUUGUAACCCCUUGAUAUAUCCAAUACCCGGUUCUUGUUCUUUGCCAUUCUUGUUUGUAUCCCUGUAGAUGUCUCCGGAGAUGGAGAUCGUUUCGACACGUUGAGAGAAAUUCGAUCCAAGAUGAUGAUCGGAUUACUAAAGUGUGUUCGUGGGUCGGUCCGGUUGAAGCCGCAGUCUUUUUUUGUUUUUGUUUUGUUAUUCCGAUUUUCUGGUUAGAUUAGCUUCUUUCCUCCCGUUUUGUUGUUCUGUCUAUUCUCUUCUCUCUCUCCCUUGCCGGUUGUAAGAUCCAUGAUUUUUGUGGGGUUCUCUCUUGUCGGAAGAGAUUUGUGCUUCUUUACAACAAUCUACUAUAUGAAAUAUUAACAUGUUUUUUAUAUGAA